ACGUGUUCCAUCCCUGGUUGUUUUCAUUUCAACUCCACGUUGUUUUGCAUUUGCUCUUCUUUUUAAUAAUUUUUUAAUUAAUUAAACAAAGCUAAAUGGGUCGCAAGUUCCAGAAUAAGAAAAAGAAGGCUGCUCCACAGCUGGAGAUAGUGCCGCUGGACGAAAACCCACCUUUGCCGCCACAGCGUUCCUCAGACGAAGUGGUGCCCAAAAAGGAAAAGUGGGUGAACAAGCAGCGCGUGCUGGUCUUUUCCGCCCGUGGUAUUAGCCACCGGGACAGACAUCUGAUGAAGGACAUCAAGACACUCAUGCCGCACCAUCGCCCGGAAUCAAAAAUGGAGCGCUCUAAAACACUGUCGGUGGUCAAUGAAAUGUGCGAAAUGAAGCACUGCAACAAGGCCAUGCUUUUCGAGGGUCGCCGGAAAAGGGAUCUGUACAUGUGGGUGUCCAAUACUUCGGGUUCCACUGGCCCAUCGGCCAAGUUCCUCAUCGAAAACAUCCACACAAUGGCCGAGCUGAAAAUGACGGGCAAUUGCUUGCGAGGAUCGCGUCCACUGCUCUCCUUCGACUCCAAAUUCGAUGAGCUGCCGCAUCUCAAGCUGCUCAAGGAGCUAUUCGUCCAGACCUUCGCCGUACCAAAUCAUCAUCCCAAGAGCCAGCCCUUCGUGGAUCAUGUUUUCACCUUCACCUACCUGGACAAUCGCAUCUGGUUUAGGAAUUUCCAGAUUCUCUCCGAGGACGGUGGUCUUUCGGAGGUGGGACCGCGUUAUGUGAUGAAUCCCGUGAAAAUUUUCGAUGGCUCGUUCACGGGGAAAACCAUCUGGGAGAAUCCCGACUAUGUGAGCCCCGCAAAGCAGCGACAGCUACUCAAAAAGUCCGCCAAGGACAAGUAUGUAAACCGGGUGGAGCAGAAGGUCAAGCACGAGGCCACGCGACCCGUGAGAGCCUACGAUGGCGUGGAGAACGAGGAGCUCUUCGAGGAUGACGAUCCCGUGGAGACAGCCAAGAUUCUGGCUGCGAUAGCCAAGAAGAAGAAGGAAGAAGCGGCCAAACAAACACCCAAAUCAGCGCUCACCAAGAAGAUCAAGGAAAAGCAACUGAAGGCCAUCAAAGAGGUGAUCGAUAGAAAGAAGGCAAGAACCAUUAAACGUGCGAAGAAGGUUUAAACACCUCAUUUUUACAUUUAGAUACAAAAACGAUUAAACUUUAUAAAUACGUUUACAAACUGUGCAUCCUAAGUUUGAAUAUAUAUCAAUAGACAAGGUAA